AUGGCCCUUCCCGCCCUUGCUCCAAUCCCGCCUGCCAGCAUCAGAAUCACCAUCGCUCCCGAAGAAUGGGAGGCGUGUCUGGACAGUUGGCUCACCGCCGUCGAUCUAUACAUUCGACUGCCACUGCCGAAAUUAAGCGCAGCAAUCACUCAUCACAAAGCUGCUUCUCUCGGGUUUCUCCGUUCUUUCUAUGGUGAAUAUGCUCGCACGGAAGAGCAGAUUCCGCACAAGCUCAGACAUGCGUGCUUCGCCUUCACGCGCCGAAUCUGUUUCGAGACUGAUAUAGCCACUCCUCUAAUUGAUGCCGACUUCCUUGCCGGUUUCUGCCAUGUCCAUGCUCGAUCCACCGCGUUAUCGAGUUUCAUGGCCGAAUUGUGGAAACAACACGGGAAAGUCGUGGCCGACUCGAUGCAAAUCAAGAAGGCCGCAUUAACAACCGCUCUUGACUCUGGAGCCGCUCAAUCCGUGCAGGAAGAUCUCGAGCAUCUCUCACGCAUCAUAUUGGCAUCGCCGGACAUUGCCACUCUAUUUGUCACUGGCUCCGACUUCCUCGACGCUCUCACAUCAGCAUACGCCCCCACAACUUCUACAGAAACACGGAAGAGUCUGACCGCAACGGCGUACCUCAGCCUGCAAUCGCUUCUGAAGAUUGAGCAUCCCAACUUGUCCUUACUUACCGAUCACCUGUACAGUCUGAAGACGCAGGCGGACUCCCAACCCACCUCUCCAUCUCUCCUGGCCGACCUGGUUACGAACACGCCUCUGGUUCCGAAGCUCCGCCGUAGCGCCAAUGUAUCCGGGGGCGAAAGACUGGUGAAGUUACUCGACACGCUGUCAACUUAUCGUCUGGCCAGCAUUGCUCGUCCACGGCGCCGAGCUCCAAAGAAGUCACGCAUGACUCUGGGUGGAGGCACAAUCCCCGGCGAUGAAAUGCACGUGCACCGCAUCAGCCUCAUCACCCAAGUCCAGGAUCUCUUCCCCGACCUCGGCUCCGGCUUCAUCCUCAAACUGCUAGACGAGUACGACGACAGCGUGGAGCAAGCUACCGCCCAUCUGCUAGACGAUUCCCUCCCCCCACAUCUCCAAUCCCUCGACCGCUCCGAGCAAGUGCCCGUCUUCGACACAACAUCUCAAGCCCAAAUCAACCAUCUCUCCCCCAACUCCACCCCUCCCCUUCAACCCACAGCACAACCCUACAUCCCCGCAAGACGCAACGUCUUCGACAACGACGACUUCGACCGCCUACAAAUCUCCGCCACCCGUCUACACAGAGGCAAAAAGCCGGAAGAAGCGGACACUCACCCCCCAACCAACAAAGCCGCCAUCCUCGCCGCGCUUGCGGCCUUCGACUCCGACGACGACGAGCGAGACGACACCUACGACGUCGAGGACGUAGGCGGCACAGUCGACAACGCCAACCCCGCUGACGGGGAACCUGCUCCACCCCAGCGCACCGCACAGCAACAGCACGCAAUGGACGCCCUGCUCUUCCAAGCGUACAAAUCUUCCCCCGAAAUCUUCGCGCGCGGCACGGACGUGCGCCGCACACAGCCGAGACAGAGUCUCAAGAUGGAAACGGGCAUGACGGACGAGGCGAUCGAGGGGUGGGCCGUGAUGUUGCAGCGGGAUGGCAAGCGGCUGCGGAAGCUGGAGAUGGAGUUUAGCGGGGGUGGGGACUUUGAUGGGCGGCAGAAUGAGAUUGCCGCGACUGCGUAUAGGGAUGGGGGGACGGAGACGGAGGAUUCGGAUGCGGGGCCUGCGGGUGGGAGGGGUAGAGGUGGAGGCAGAGGGGGAGCGAGAGGAGGUCGAGGGCGCGGGAAUGUGGCGGGGCCGUCUGGCGAUGCGAACACGCUUGCUGCGCAGAGGAGGAAGGAGGCGAAUAAGGGGAGCAGAGCGAAUCACAAUCGAAGGGAUCAGAGGGCGCGAAAGAUGGCGAGAGGGGGGUUUGCUGGGUAG